AUGGACACAACGACUGCCGCCGACGGAACCAAUGGUGCGGUGAAUGGGUCUGAAGUGAUGGUCGGAAUCGGAGGUCCGACCGAUGCUGAGGAAAGCGGUGGCGGCGGAGGAAGUGGCGGAUCGGCAGCGAUGGAGCAGUUCCUCAUUCUCGCGAAGACGUGCAAAGGCUUGUCGGCGGUUGAGCUGAUCCGACAGGUGUUGGAGUCGCCGCACAUCUAUGUCUUCGGCGAGUUCUUGGAUCUGCCGAACAUCCAAGAGUUGGCCACUAAUGCCGACCACAAGCCGUACUACGAGUUGCUUCUGGUGUUCGCUUUCGGCACUUAUCGUCAGUAUUUGGCCAGAAGUGGAGAACUGCCGGCUCUGACGGACGCCAUGCGUACGAAACUGAGACACUUGACGAUUGUCUCGAUGGCCACUAAACGCAAACACAUUCCGUACGAACAACUGCUGGAAGAGCUCGAUGUGAAGAAUUUGCGCCAAUUGGAGGACAUAAUCAUUGACGUGAUCUACGCCAAUGUGGUGACCGGCAAAAUGGAUCAGUUGAACAAUCGGCUGGAGAUCGAGCAGACCAUUGGGCGCGACAUCCGGAAGGACGACCUCAAGACUGUGGCCAACAUUCUCAACGAGUGGUGCCGUAACUGCGAUAACGUGUUGAGGAAUAUCGAGACACAGAUAGCGAACGCCAAUCACAUGAAGGAAGACAGUCAUCGCCAGAAGACAUCACUCGAUCAGCAGGUGUUGACCGUCAAGAAGAACCUGAAGACCAAUCAGGAUAUGGACGACUCGAUGGGCGCCGAGUGUGGAGUCACCGGCGGUUCGCCGAGAGAUCCGCGAGAAAUGAAUUUCGAGAAAAUGAAGAGAAACGCCGCCAAAGGGAAAGGUCUGAGAGGUUCGGGCGCUAAGUUCUGGAAGCGCGACACUUAG